CCAGGGACCCAAGAAGCAAGGACUGAAAAUGAAAGUGAAAGAUUAAAAUAGCAAGUAAAAUAAUUGCAUAUUAUCAGAUCUGACCGGAGACCUGAGCUUUGCUUUGCUUCCUCAGUGAUGGUUUGUCUCAGGGCUGUGUCAGAGAUGUGAAUUUCACCUACUUUCUGGAUGCAAACGGGUAACAUCUAUCCAUUCAUUUAUUUAUUUGGAAGCAAUGUGGGUCACACAUAUAGAAGCCAUCUGAGAUCUGGAAAGCUGUCUGGAUUUUAAAUAAAACAAGAAGAAUGAGACACCAGCCAGGACCCCUACCCUGAGAGGAAGGUGAAGAAAGAAAGAAAGAAAGAAAGAAAGAAAGAAAGAAAGAAAGAUGCAGACACCAAACCUGUAGAUUUAUUAAAUUCUUUUUGCUCCACUAAGGACAGAUAUUUUUCCCCUUACAGACAUGCAGCAUAAAGGCAUCAUGCUGAUUGUGUUCUUGGAAUACAUUGUUUCUGGUCAUGGUGAGGCAGAUCCAGUAAAGCUACGAACCUUCCGCUGUGACGGCCACUCCUGCAAUCCUCCUGUAGGGAAUCUAGCAACAGGCAGGACUCCAGUCUCUCUUACCACAUGUGGGCAGAACAGCACAGAACUUUAUUGCUUCUACCCAGACCAGAACCUCCUUCAUUGGGCCUCCCUAGGCUGUGGGCAGCCCCAAUGCACUAAAUGCAAUGCCAAUCAGCCUGAUAACUCCCACCUUCCCUCUGAUAUGACAGAUAAUUUCUUCCUAAACCCUGGCUCCUGGUGGCAGUCUGCACAAGGGGUACACAGGGAAGAAAUCAGGCUGGACUUGGAAACAGCAUUCUACCUGACUCACGUCAUAGUAGUGUUCAAGUCACCUCGCCCAGCUGCUAUGGUACUGGAGAGGUCUCAGGACAAUGGACAGACCUGGAGGCCCUACAGAUAUUUUUCUCUCAACUGUACAGCAACGUUUGGGCUUCAAGAUGAUCUUAUUGAAGAGGGUUCUCUGUGCACUUCCAGGUAUUCAGAUGCGGUGCCUUGCACGCGAGGUGAGGUGAUCUAUCGUGCCUUAACUCCAGCCAACAAGAUUGAAGACCCAUAUGGUCCUGAGGCCCAAGACCUCCUGAAACUCACCAACCUGCGCCUCCUUUUGUUAAAAAGGCAGGAGUGUCCCUGCCAAGGCUUGGGAUUGCUGGAGAAACCCCAGAGGUUUGCCCACUAUGCUAUCUAUGAUCUGAUUGUCCGGGGAAGUUGCUUCUGUAACGGGCAUGCAGAAGAAUGCCAGCUUGCCAAUGGGACAGGGAACACAGAGAAUGUGGUCCAUGGGACAUGUGUGUGCAGACACAACACAGCAGGGAAUCACUGUGAGAGGUGUGCACCAUUAUACAAUGACCAGCCUUGGAAGCCAGGAGAUGGAAAAACUGGGGCACCAAAUGAAUGCAGAAAGUGUCGCUGUCACAGCCAUGCUGAUAGCUGUCACUUCAACCUGAGUGUUUGGCUGGCAUCUGGGAAACACAGCGGUGGAGUCUGUGACAACUGCAAACACAACACAGAGGGACCUCGAUGUCAAAGGUGCAAACCAGGAUUUUACAGAGAUAGGGGAAAACCUAUGUCUUCCCCAGAGGUCUGCAAACCUUGCUCCUGUCAACCUAUGGGAUCGGCCAAUGCAACCUUCAGCAGAAGCUGGCGGUGCCACCCAAAGACGGGGUUCUGUUACUGCAAACCAGGCGUGGCAGGCCCGAAUUGUGACAGAUGCCUUAUGGGAUACUGGGGCCUUGGAGAAAAUGGCUGUCAUCCGUGUGACUGUGCCAGAGACUGCGACCCCCACACUGGAAACUGUUUCAAUGGUUAUGAAAAUGAGCCAUUUUUCAACAUCCCCAUGGGUGGGCGAAUCCCUGACCUCCUACAGAUGCCAGCCAAUGAAAGCGAUGAGUGGAAAUGGAAUGAUCAUGAGCAGGGAUUUUCUGCAUUGAGACAUCCGGAAAAGUGUGUGUGCAAAGAGAAAGUGCUCGGAAGUGUCACUGAUUUCUGCCAGAUGAAAUACGCAUAUGUGGUAAAAGCAAGAAUCCUAUCGGCUCAUGACAAAGGAACCCAUGCGGAAGUUGUAGUGAAGGUAAAGAAGGUCCUGAAAUCAGGCAAAGUGAAAAUUGCCCGGAGUAACAGAAGUAUCUAUCCGGAGUCCUGGACCAACAGGGGAUGUACAUGUCCCAUUCUCAAUCCUGGAACAGACUACCUGAUAGCAGGCCAGGAGGACUCAAGGACCAGCAAACUCCUCGUGAAUAUGAACAGUCUGGUGAAACCCUGGAAGGCAUAUUUGGGAAAACAAGUAGCAGACAUUCUUCGAACUGGGUGCAAAUAAUUUCUUCUUCAGAAGUUAAAGUCAUAAACUUUAUAUUUUAAUAACACUGCGGUGAAAGGUAUAGCUAGUUCAUAUAUUACCAUGCAACACCUUCCUAGCUAAGGGGACAAAAGUGGACUUACUCUCCUUUCCCUCAUUAUGUGUUUAAACCAGGAAUCCUUGGACGUAACUUUUCUUCCAUAAUUACACACUGUCUUAUAUGAAAUUAACCAACACAUCGCAUGUAGAUUACGAAUCACAGUUCUUAGCUUGAAGCCAUUUUCACAGCUCCCAGAGAUUCACUCUCAGGGGAGAAGCAGAAGCUAUGGUUUAUGUGUUUCCACUCUUCAGGAAUGAAUCUGGUAUUGAUACCUAUAAACCGCUUGCAUAGUGCAGUCAUUACUCCAGUGUCAUUUUCUUUAUUUAAGUGGCCAUUAAUGGGCAAAAAAAUUUCAGCUUUGCAGGUGGCAAAAUAUUAAACAGUCAGCAUGUCAAAUGACACUUGAUUUGUUUGAAAAGAGCUGAGUUAUUUUUAUUUACCAAGCAAAUUGCAGUUAGAUCAGUAUAAAACACAUUGCUUUCUCGAGUGAAAAUAUCACAUUGCUGCACAGAGACUAACGCUGGAACUUUAUCUGGUGAGGGCCUCUAUAGAUGGGAGUUAUCAAAGUCAAUGCCUAAUGUGAAAGCACUUCUGGCUCAAUGUGGAAUCCUGACGCCGCACUCAUCUAUUCUAUCAAAGGUCUCCUCAUUCUUUGCUAUUUGUACUGUCACACAAUGGGUUUCAGAAUGACUGCUGCUAAAAAGCCUUGUGCCAGUACAGUAGUGUCAAGCUGCAGCUCCAGACCCAUAGGAGAAGGUGAUGGAAGCUGGCCCAGAUUUGAGUUUGUGAAGCUACAAUAGGUAGAGGUGUGAAGGGCCAAUUUGAGGAUUAAGCGAAGUGUUGAUGUCUGAUAGGGCAGCUACCUUGUUAUUUUGAUCAAUGCCCUUGAGGCCAUGCCCAUUAUUUAAUUGUCGCGACUGUUUUCACUCUGCUGUUAUUCUUGCCCCCUUUGUGUGUUGUACUGUAAUAGUCAAGUGAUGUUACCUUUCAGUUGUGCUUGAAGUUUGUUUAGCGUGAGAAGCAGGGGUGGUAGCAUCUCCACUCUAAGUAAAGUCCUGCUGUUCUGCAGAAGGACUCCCAGUAGAUUUAUUUUAGUCUGUUCCACAGUAAGAAGCCAGUCCGUGGAAAUGUGAGUUCCUCAGAGUACCGUGGGGAGGGGGAAGGGAAUGUCUCCGCCCAAGUGACAGGAAACUCAUGACCAAACUGAGAGGAUAAAGGAGUACGUUCCUUUGAUAAGUAAAGCAUCAGUCAGAACUCUGUUCAAAGAUAUCCUUUUUUGUUUGUUUGUUCGUAUAUGCAGCUUUUGCACAUCUUUGUCUAUGCCUACAGGAAGAGGAGAUGGGGUUUGAUCUGCGUGCCACUCAGUCACUGUGCCAUGAAGGAAUCUAGGACAGCCCAAUAGCCAUGAAAAGAAAGUGGUGGGUCUGGGUUAUGAAGUGUCUGAUGAGAAAGAGAUAAAUUAUCGGCAUGUUCAACUAAUGCAGUUAGGUGACAAGUAUCUGAAGACCAGGGAUCCUGGAAUGCCAGAGCUACUUUUUUAUUACCAUUGUUUGUUACCCUUCCUUUUAUGUAGGGCCUGAUGCAUAUCAGAACAGCAAAAGGACACAUUUCAGAUCAUUUGUAAAGAGAAGACCAGCAGAAAUUUCUUGGAAUAUUCUUCCAGCUUGGGUGAAAUUCUGAAUGGGCAUCACCUUGAAGUGACUCAGUGUGUGUUUACAUAAACAACCUUUCCCUCCUCCCUCCACCCAGCCCCCUCAAUCUAUGGAUGCAUUAUAUCUUGUCUCAGGCCAACAUGACAUCAUCCUAUGUUUGGCUGUGAAUUCAAAGGAUGUUCAGUCAGUUAGCUAGCUGGACUGAUGAAAUAUUCCUAAACCUAUUAUUGCUCCUACAAUGGCCCUGUUAAAAGCAACUUUCCAUUUUGUGCCUGCAGUUUUGUAAAUGCAAGUGCAAUCAAUAUCACUUAGAUGUCAAACUGUUUGGUUGCAAAUAACAUUGAUGAUACCUUCAAAUGUGCAGGCACAAAAAGGGGAGCUGAAUAGAAGCUCCUUUCAAAAUCAGGUCCAUACAGUAUAUUGCCUCACGCACAAGCGGAUCUAACUUCCCUUGGAUAAUGUCACUUAACUAUAGGUUUGUUCCAGUUUUAAAGCUAUCCUGUGGGAGAGGAAGCUCCACAUAGUUAUUUCAGUAGUUAGUUGUCUUAGAUUUCUGUGCUUUUAAGUAAAUAUACAUAGUACGUUGGGGAUUCCUUUAUUUGUAUUUAGUUCAAUUUUCAAAGGAGCCCAGGUCACUCAGUUCUCAUAGAAAUGAAGUGGGACAUCAGAGCCUAAUUUCCUUAGGCACCUUUGCAGAUCCCAGCCUAGAAGUGUGUCUUGUUCACAUUGAAACUAGCAUAGAACUUGUCAUCUCUCCUUCAUAGUUAACUAGAAGUGUUCACGGGACACAUUAUGAUAUGGAUAGAGGUUCCCAUCUGAUCAUAUACAUUGACCCCACUCCCUCCCCAAAAUUUUAUUUUCUCCUAAGGAGCACAAAUGCUGUAUUUUCUUUUUCCUAUCAUGGCAGGAGGAAAAAAGCCACUAUUAUCCAUUUGUUGCUACCCAAAGCAGUAACCAAGAAUUUGGCAUCUCUGAUUAGACAUUUAAUUAAUGUAAUAAAACACUAUGCACCACUAAAGUGGCUUUAUUUAAAAUGUCAGCCCAUUAAGUUAGAGUAGCAAUCAAGUGAUAUUGUUUUCAUUCCUGUGUCCAGAAACAGACUGACUACAAGGAUUAGCUAGUCAUCUUCUUUUAAAGACCAUUAAAAAUAAUGAUGUGUUUAGAUGACUUUACAGUCCAUUCUCAAAGAGCCUGUUAGGAAGAGUUUCAAUAAAGUAAAGCCUAGGGUGAGAGAAUGCGUUUGAGGGCACUCUUUUUAUCAAAUGCAUUUAUAUUUACCAUUGUGCGUCUUCUUAUCUGCUGAGGGCCAUAUUCUGUUCUCAUUUACCCAAGUGCUAUCCCAUUGAGCUAAAUGGCAUUGCAGAGGGUGUAAAUCGCAGGACUAGAAGGUUCCCCCCCCCCAGCUAUUUUAAUAUCCAGGGUGAAACUCACCCUUUUUGUGGGAACCUGAGAAGGGAACCGCUUGCAGUGACCGUUUCAGGUUAUGGGCUGGGAUAGUGACCAGUGCCUUUGUUCUUUUCAGCGUGCAGGCUACUGAAUCCACAUAGUCCAGUCAAGCCCUUCCUCUGAUCUGCCACCAAUACACUCCUUCAUGCCAGUUUAUUUGACAUCAAUAGGAGCCCACUAUGCAGCAUCCACUCAGUCUGCCUGCCCACUCCAUGUAGGGCUACUGGAGGAAGUGAGGAAUCACCAGCUCAGAGGGCCUUGUACUAGCCUUUCAAGGGGAUAUGAAUUCCACGCUUACAGAGUUUCUAUGUGCCUAAUCUUGUAUUAAGGGAGGAGGUUAUGUGUGGCUCUGUAAUGGGGUUCACUCACCGCUAGGGUGCCUCCUCCUGGCUGUUCAGGUGAUUAGCUCCAUCCACAUCUAAUGCCCUAUUGUUUGCUCUCACCAUGGCCCCUCCCACCUUCUGGGACUCAGCAUGCUCCCUCUCCAUAACUUGGCCCUUGGACCAGGUCACUAUAAAUGUUUCCCCUUCCAGAAUACCAAAGUCUCUCCAGAUCAACUGUCCAGUUGCCUUCCCAAGCCAUCCUCUAAUUCAAGACUAUACCACUUUCCUCAGUGAGGUGGGGGUAUGGGACCCAGGCCUGCCCAUUACUCCAGAUUCCAACACAGGGACUCUGUUCAGCAACCAUCAUCCACUUACCUCCAGACCUCCAUGCUAUUUCCCUGCUCUUCUUCCUACUUUUCUCCCCUAGCUCUGCCCCUUACCCCAGGUUAUCAGUAGAGCUCCCUCUGUUAUUUCACCCUUUUCAGUUUCUUGCCAAUUUAUAUUUCAAACACACUUUCCUCCUCCCAGGGAGUGACCAUAGACUACUUCUCCUACAACCCCUUCUGUUCUCAGCUUGCUGGUUUUGUAUGAGACAAGCCUACACCUGCUCAGCUGAAAUUCAUCUUCUAUUAGGGCGCAGUUUACUGGGUUAAUCAGCCCCUUCCCAGCUAUCUUAACCCUCCCAGGUGAUGUGUGGAAUGAAUACUCCAUCACAAGCUUAUAUAUACAGCUUUGCAAUGUAUCUUAAUGCAAACUUUCAACAGGGUGAUUCCCGACCACAUUCAUCCAUUUGUGCUAGACUAUGGUAUAUGUAAAUGCCCACUGCAAACCAGAGUGGGACCAACACAUUUACAUCACUAAUGAUCAAGCUACUAUGUUCUUGAAUCUAUUGCAGCCAUUUCUUAUAACCAGGGAUCUGUCUCAUCAUGAAAAAUAUUCAUUAAUGUCAUUCCCAAGUGUUUCUAGCUAUCAAUAUUAGAUGGUAGAUUUGAAAGAAGGGUACUUUUAUAAUCUCUAUCACUUUCCUUGGGAUCCAUUGUAAUAAAAACAAGCAGGCUAACAAUUUUUUUUUUUGCACUCAGAUACAUUCUCCAUUGUGUAAACAUUGUGUGGCCAAAUGUUUCCAAAAGUGAAUCAGCUGACAUACAAUAAUGUGUGAGGAGUGGGGAACAAUUGCGGGCAAACAUGAAAAAAUAUGCAUAGGUUUUUUUUCUCCUUCCUCUCUUUCAUCCUAUUUGAUGGUGACUGGAGAGCUGAGUCUACUUCCUGUUCUACAAUCUCCAUUACUUAGAGAUACUACACAUUCCAUUUAGACUGUCAGGCUAACUGCUGUCUGAUGGUUCUGCUUUGCAAUCAGGGUAAGCAGAUACUCCACCAGCGUGUGACACUGGUGAGCCUACAGUUUGAAGGUACAGAAUAGAAGCCAGUUAUAGUCAGCCUAAGAGCAAGUUGACUUUUUGUUGCUAUUAUUCCCAGCUGUUCAUGAGAUCUCUGAUUAACUAGCCCAAGAAGAAAGUCAAAGAAUGGGGAACAAAACUGAAAAUUAUGCAGAACUAUAGUGUCCAGCCAAACAAUAGUACCAGCAUGCUCUGCAGUGCUAUAAAGCAUGUAGCCUGCCUGAAAAUAAAUGUCCAAAGUACAAAUGAACUCCACAGAUUUGAGUGAGAACAGUGUUCACUAUUUGUAAUGGAAUUAAGACUGUAUAAAGGGAUGGUUAUCUUGGGUAUGGGGAAAAAAUAACUUUCAUAUACUGUGAUGGUUCAAGAGAAGAUUAUUGUGAGACAACGUGACACUAUCAAUACUUCCCAGAAGUAACUGCUAUGUAUUUCCUGUGACCAGAACAAACAAGGCCCUACAGAACUAACAAGAGGAUCUGCCAAAGAAGAUGCACCUAUUGAAAUGGGAAAAGAAAUCUGUUGUUCUUGUCCAGAGGUUACUGAAUACAGCUCUCCAGUACUUUCUACCAGAUUGUCCUGUCAUCAGCUUUGCCAAAAAGCAGCAAAGACAGGGCAGCUGUGUUACACUCUGAUGCACCCCAAACACCAGGAAAUCAAAACAAGACACACAGGUAGGUGGUCAAUCAAAACAUGUAAUAACCCUAAACCAGUUAAGUCAGCAACAGUCCAAAUGGCAGGUACGUAGCUGAAGGCUCAGCGUAACUGCACACACCCAACGCUAUGUGUACAUACACACAUGUACACACCCACCCACACACAGAAGAACAGGAAAUGGAACACGGAAUUCAGGGAGCGGGAACCAGGAAACAGAAACAAGGAGCAGGAAGCAAUAAGCAGGAAGGCAACACACACCAGUCAUCAGCAUCAAUACUGAAAAUGGUCAUACGAACAAUCCAACCCAAACAAUAGUAGACAGGUUGCCCUAUCACUAGCUGUUAUCACAUGCCAAGAAGUAGCAAAGACAGCUGGUAGGCCCUGCCUAAUGAUGAAAUAAUAGCGUUUACCCCCAAGAAAAGUAUGGAAAGCACUGGAAGAGUUACACUGGGGCAGGGAAGCAAACAGGCAAUGGCUGAAUGCAGCAGCAUAUGUGGAGAGGAGGCAGCAGCACCAUUAGGACAGUUUCAAGUCAGAGCAACUAUCUGUGAGAGUUGUGCAGCUCAUGUAUCAAAUAAAACGUGGCCACAUCUAUCCUAGUCUUUGUAGGGAACUUUAAAGGAUCAAAAUAGUUCACUAGGUAGUUCUUUGUGAGUGCUGAACUCAAUAUGCAAGGUUGCUAUGUUGUAUUUAAUCAUGCUUCUGCAUCUGCUGCUCUUGUACACUGGUACAGCAAGCAGAUAGGAGGAAGGAGGCAGAAGGAAGGCAAACAGACCUACAUACAAUAUUGUAUUACUUUGGCAAGAGUGGCUCAUUCUUCUAACUGCUAUACAGAGCAAGGUUUCUCUGUAGUGUUCUCCAUCUGUGUAUCUGAGAUUGUUUCAGUGCUGCUUGAUGUAAGCUUUCCUUGAAUUUAUAUAAUUCACAUGGUGUUCUCUCCAGGGUCCCUCAGACCUGGAAAAAGUGAUUGUGUUAUUUGUAAUAUGUUGUGCACAUUUUCUGUUUUAUAAUUAAACUUUGAUUAAAAAUACUGAUAGAAAUGUA